AUUGUCCUGCAGUAGCAUCACCUGCAGCCCCAAUGAAAUAUGUAAGAUGAAUGGUGGGUUUCCUUCCUGUGUCCCUAAACCAGUAGAGAGUAAACCUGGUACCUGUUGGGCCAUGGGAGAUCCCCACUACUAUACUUUUGAUGGACGUCGUUAUGAUUUCAUGGGUACUUGCACAUAUGUCAUCAGUAAGAAAUGUGCAGCAGAUGGUCAUCUUCCAGACUUUGAGGUCCUUGCACAGAAUGAGAACAGGGGAAGCCUCAGGGUGUCAUAUGUUGCCUUGGUCACAGUGAAGGUGUAUGGCUAUGACAUCACAGUUGGUCGUACCGAGAAAGGUCGUGUGAGGAUUGACAACAGUUUGUGGCGCUUGCCCAUCACCUUAAACAUGGACAAGCUGACAAUGAUUCAGUCUGGUCGCUCCGUGGUCAUUCAGACCGAUUUUGGUCUCACAGUCAAAUAUGACUGGGAGCAUUCUCUGGUGGUUACCCUAUCUAGUAAUUAUGCUGGUAAGACUUGUGGCCUCUGUGGCAACUUCAAUGGCAACAUGAAGGAUGACUUUGCUACUCCAUCAGGAUCACAGGCUAGUAAUGCUGUAGAGUUUGGAGGCAGUUGGAAGGUGCCAGGUUUGGUGAAAGAUGACAAUUGUAGAGAUGAUUGUGUGGGUGGGUGUGAAAGCUGUGAACAUGAUAUAAUGAAGAUUUGGGAGGGUGAUGCUUUCUGUGGACUUGUCACACUUGUACUUAAUGGACCAUUCAGCAAAUGCCAUGAGGUCAUAGAUCCACAAGCAUACCUGGAGAACUGCAAAUACGACAUCUGUAUGGGAGGCGGCCUUCGGCAAUUUCUCUGCAGAGCACUGGAGACUUACAUGGAUGCCUGCCAGAGUGCUGGUGUUGAAGUUCACGAUUGGAGGAAGAUUGCGAAAUGCCGUAAGUAAUGUUAACUAAAUCACAACAUUCUGCUGUGUAGUAUUUAUCUGACAAACUGCAUUCUUUAUUUUCUCCCUGAAGCUGCUAAAUGUCCAGCCAACAGCCACUAUGAGCUGUGUG